AUGGAAAGAGACGGAGUAGGCAUGGUUUCCAAGAAACGGCGAACCGGAGAUUUCCCAAACCCUAAAGGCGAGGGUUCUGCUAAGGUCGUCGUCCAAACCCAAUCCGGCCCGGUAAAAUUUGUGGAAAAUGCCGUUUACAGAUUGUACUUCAAGGGUUUGAUAAGUGACGAGAUUGCGGCGGCGGACGGUGAGAAAAGGACGGCGACGGCUGGAAUGGGGGUUGCGAUUUGCGACCAGACGGAUAAGCUGUUGUUUGAGAUGAAGGAAGCUGUGAGCGACGCUGUGACUGACCGUAAAGAAGUUGAGCUUAGGGCUCUGAUUCGUGGGCUAAGCGAAUCACUCGGUAUGGGGAUCAGAAACGUCGUGGUUUAUUGUAAAGACGUUGAGAUUUACCAAAUGAUAACUGGUAGAUGCAACCCUAAGAAGAAUGAAAUUAUCCAACUUAUGGAAGAUGUCGGGCACCUUAGAGAAAAAUUUGCUUCUAGCAAAGCUACUCUGGUUUCCCGAGAAAAUAUUAAGUUUGCUUAUAAACUUGCAAGAGAGGCAAUUGUUUCUCAAAUCAGCACCGCCGACGGUGAUGGACAUGAUGAGAAUGAUGAUGAUAAUGGUGAUGGACAUGAUGAUGAUAGUGAUGCACAUGGUGGUGAUGAUCAUGAUUAUGAAGAUCCUUGGGCUUACGGUUGUGAUUGCAAAUUUUGUAUUCCUGAUUCUUCACCUGGCGUCGACAUCGACGCUUACAUAGAGUAUUACAGUCUUUGA